AUGGCCAGCAACAAUACCGGAGUAUCGUUCGAAAAGUUCAUCCAAUCGAAGCUGUUCACCUUUGUUAUUGGCAAAGAGAAGAGAGAAUUCAAGAUACACGCUGAGGCCAUAACGUCAAUAUCGCAGCCACUCUGCAAACUCAUCGAGAAUGGCAUGCUUGAGUCUGUUCAAGAGAAGGUUACCUGGGAAGAUGUAGAGGUCGCUGACUUUGCGCGUUUUGCCGAGUACGCCUAUCGCUACGACUAUACUUCGCCGUCAUGGGUACUGGACGACAGCGUAGCUACAUCAGACGUUAUGAGCAGAAGGAAUGCGAAGGCACUGGCAGCACUUGAGCCGUUAAGAACUAAGUCUACCGGGCCUCAAGCAUCUGUUCAGCAAAGGAUGGUGCAGACAAUGCCCCAAUUCGGCCAGUCGUCGGGGCCGCCACCACAGACUCUACAAUCCAGACUCCUCAACAGGGCUUAUCUCAAUGGCGCCGAGCCAGCAGCCGGUAUGCUAUCCGGCUUCCAGCAUCAGUCGAACGUGGGAGUCAGGCAAAACUUUGCACCAGUUUUACUUGCUCACGCCUGGCUGUACACAUUUGCAUGUCUGCGUUGGAUUGAACCUCUGAAACGUCUUGCCCUACACAAACUCCACCAGACCCUACUGGACUUUACGCCAUAUCCUGAACGCUUGGUCGAUGUGGUCGAGCUCGUCAGAUACGCAUACGAUAAUGGUGAGGACAGGAAGGAUAAUGGAACGGUCGAGGAACUAAGGGCUUUGGUAACAGAAUACGUUGCGAGCCAAGUCUCUGUUUUCAAGAAAGAUAAGCACUUCGUACAAUUGUUGGAAGAAGGCCAGGAAUUUGCGGUUGAUCUUGUGAGGGCGGUCGACGGGGACAUGCUGAGAUAA